AUGGCCGCCCACGCCGGCGCCGGCACCGCGGCGCACGCCGACGCGGCCCGGGCCGACGACGAGGCGCGCGCCCUUCUCCCCGCCUCGGCGCCCGUGGCCGGCCACGACGACGGCGGCGAAGACGACGAGGACCUGGAGGAGCGCGCGUUCGAGGCGUCCGAGAAGGUCAUCGUGUCCCUCUCCUCGGACGACGCCGACGCCGACCUGGAGGCGCAGCUCGCCUCGUCGUCCGGCUCCCCGCCCUUCUCGUGGCGGAAGCUCUGGCUCUACACGGGGCCCGGCUUCCUGAUGAGCAUCGCCUUCCUCGACCCGGGCAACCUCGAGGGGGACCUCCAGGCCGGCGCCGCCGCCGGGGACACGCUGCUCUGGCUGCUCAUGUGGGCCACGGCCAUGGGACUCCUCGUGCAGCUCCUCGCCGCGCGCCUCGGGGUCGCCACCGGCCGGCACCUCGCCGAGCUCUGCCGCGACGAGUACCCCGACUGGGCGCGACGCGCGCUGUGGCUCAUGGCAGAGGUCGCCAUGGUCGGCGCUGACAUCCAGGAGGUCAUCGGCAGCGCGAUCGCCAUCAAGAUCCUCAGCAGGGGGUACCUGCCGCUCUGGGCCGGCGUCGUCAUCACCGCCUUGGAUUGCUUCAUUUUUCUUUCUCUUGAAAACUACGGAGUGAGGAAAUUGGAGGCCGUAUUUGCCGUUUUGAUUGCAACAAUGGCCGUUUCCUUUGCAUGGAUGUUCACUGAUACCAAGCCCAAUGGAAAGGACCUGCUAGUCGGUAUUUUGGUUCCCAAACUGAGCUCUAAGACAAUAAGACAAGCGGUCGGGGUUGUUGGCUGUGUUAUUAUGCCACACAACGUCUUCCUACAUUCAGCGCUUGUGCAGUCUAGAAAAAUAGAUCCAAAGAAGGAAUACCAAGUUCGUGAGGCAUUGAGAUACUACUCAAUAGAGUCAACGGUGGCAUUGGCUAUAUCCUUCAUGAUAAAUCUUUUUGUCACAACUGUUUUCGCUAAAGGAUUCUAUGGUACUAAAGAAGCUGGCAGUAUUGGUCUUGAAAAUGCCGGGCAGUACCUACAGGAAAAGUUUGGUGGAGGGUUUUUACCUAUCCUCUACAUUUGGGGAAUUGGGCUAUUAGCGGCCGGGCAGAGCAGCACAAUAACAGGAACUUAUGCUGGACAGUUUAUAAUGGGUGGAUUUCUGAAUCUGAAGUUAAAGAAAUGGCUGAGGGCGCUGAUAACCAGAAGCUUUGCCAUCGUGCCAACUAUAGUCGUGGCUCUGUUCUUUGAUUCGUCUGAUGCACUGGAUGUUUUAAACGAGUGGCUCAAUGUGCUUCAGUCCAUUCAGAUCCCAUUUGCAUUGAUUCCUCUGAUAACCUUGGUUUCCAAGGAGCAAGUCAUGGGCGUCUUUAAAAUAGGCCAUAAGAUGCAAGCUGUAACCUGGACAGUGGCUGCACUGCUGAUCACGAUCAAUGGCUAUCUAUUGUUGGAUUUCUUCUCAUCUGAAAUACGAGGCCCAUUGUAUGGAUCAGUCCUCUGCUUGGCAGUACUUGCCUACGCUGCUUUUGUACUGUAUCUCAUUCUGCGGGGCACAGAGAUCUCCAACAAGAUCAUUGUAGCGAUACGCAAGAGGCUGUCAUGACACAUGUAGCCAAAAUUUUGCCCUUUUACACAGCCUUUAACCUCUCAAACCUAUAGAAUGGGUCCCAGAACAGAGACCGGAGAUCUCACUGUACAGUGACAUUCGUUCGUUGAAACGGAUGGACCCAAUCCUCUGAUAAAUUGGUUGUAGUGCUCUGACUUUAUCCUGGAGGAGGGAAAACAGAGAAGUGAACUGACGGUGCCGCUGAACAGCAAUGCAAUCAUUCCUUAUUUUUUUGUGUAAUUUUUGUGGCGAACUAAAGCAUAGAGUGGAAUAGAAAGAAGACUAGAAGCAGAAAAAGCAAUGUAAUUUUAUUUCUUGAUCUGUACAUGAAACUGUUACAAUCUGGACAGUGAAUAUUGAUCAUCCAAUCCUCUUUGUUGUUGUCUGUA